AUGCAGGAUGAAACAACUGUCACAGAAUUCAUCCUGCUAGGGUUCUCCAGCAAUCCAGCCCUGUGGCUCUGCCUUUUUAGUCUUUUCUCUGUCCUCUGCUGCGCCACUCUGAUGGGAUAUGUGCUUGCCUUUGUGCUUAUCUGCCUGGACUACCACUUCCACAGCCCCACCUACUACUUCCUCUGCCAUUUCUCCAUCCUGGACAUGUAUUAUGCCUCCAAGAACAUCCUCUAUAUGCUGAGGAACCUUGUUGGACAAGGCAGGACCAUCUCUUUUGCUGGGUGUGGGACACAGAUACACCUUUGUUUAAUCUUUGCUCUUACAGAGCGUGUGCUGCUGGCUAUGAUGCCUUAUGAUCGCUGUGUGGCAAUUUGUCAUCCCCUCUGCUAUGCCCUCAUUAUGUGCCUCACCCUUGCAGCAUUUUCCUGUGCUUUUGGGUUCAUAUUUGGUACACUGAAAGCCUCUCUGGCUUUACACCUGUCUUUUUGUGGUCCCUCUGAGGCUGACCACUACUUCUGUGAAAUCCUUGUUGUCUUAAAGCUGGCUUACACUGACACUAGUGUCUGUGAAGUCCUGAUCUUCGCUGUUUGUGUGUGCUUCCUCCCCUUCCCUUUAGACUUAAUCCUAAUUUCCUACCUGCACAUCAUGGCCACCAUUCCGCACAUCUGCUCAGGACCAGGAUGGCACAAAACCUUCUCAACCUGCAACUGCCACCUAACCGUGGCUGGUCUGUUUAACGGAAAUGCCAUCUCCGUGUGCAUGGCACGGAGCAGCAACUCCUCUGAGAAAGUGUUUUCCCUUUUCUACAGUCUCUUCAGUCCCACUUUGAAAUCCCUGAUUUAGAGUGUGAGGAAGAAGUAG